UUGAGUAGUUAGCUUGGGAAAGGCUCCCCUCUGCCUCCACUGCAAAAAGAGACGUGUUUUGUAUUUCAGGAUAGCUACCUCAGCGUCAAAUCCUCACAAAGACCAGGCACAGGCAGUUUUCACCUCGAGGAAACGACGCAAGGUAAAUCCCAGGUAGGGGGAGCAGGGUCCCAUGUCAGCCAGCGGCUACAUCAAGGUAAAAAUAAAAAAAAUCUACCUGUGUCUUCCCUCCACUAGAUUUCACCCUGAGGAAGGCAAGCCACUGCCCCGCACAGAGCACCCUGCUGCAGGGAAAAGAAAGACCCAGAGGAUUCGGGGGCCGAGGCUGGUGCCCUGAGCACCGGGGCCGGGGGGUGGAGAGUCCCCCGCACCUCACCUGUGGUUUCUCUUACAAGAACCAGGAAGUGGAGUUUAGUUUCUGCUGCUCUUAUUUAGGGUUACCAUAUGUCCUGUUUUUCCCAGACAAAGCCUGAUUUUUGAGCCUGCUUUCCCUGUCCCAGCGGGGUUUUCAAAUAACAGCAAAUGUCCCAGUUUCUGCAGAGUAGAGAAGCUGCAGUUCAGAAAGAGCCCCUGUUGAUCAGCUUCCAAAUUGGUCCCAGCCCUGUAUCCACCGCUGAUUGGGCCAUUCCCCUGCAUCCGCAGCUGAUUGAUCCUUUCCCCUGCAAGUCACAGUUGCUGAAUCCUGCCCACCCAUGCCCCCUUGCCCCACUCAUCCCUGGGGAAGCGAUCCCACAGGGAGGUGCUGACUGAUGACUGUUGCUGUCUCCUGUGCUUGUGCCAGCUGCGCUGUGACUGGGACAGGGAGUGACACUGCUCUUCCCGCACCCCCACUUCCUGUGAGUACCCCUGCUGCAGGUACGCCCCCUUCGGCUUCCCUUCCUUCCCAUUGCCCCUGCCCCCUGCAAUGUCUGCUUUGUGGGAACUUGAAAUAUGGUAACCCUACUCUUAUUCCCGUUCCUGGCGAAGUUUCCUGAAAGUGGUGUGGAUCAUAUUAACUUGCUUUUUACUCUGCUGAAAUGAUGUAACGGCAAUGAUAGCCAAGCCCAACACAGUCAGUAACCUCCCCAGCCAAAAUGCUGCAACAUGUUGCCUUCAUUCUCAGUUGCUUCAUCAGACAUCAGUGGUCGAUUAAGAAGAUGCCAUUUAUAGUGCCAUUUUAGACUUUCCAGCACGCCUUGCUCCAUAGGCUGCACAAGAGAUGUUCCGUUUGGAAGGAAAGAAAAACAGAAGAUUGGGUCAUCUUGGGAGAGAAAAUGCUAUCCGUGAUGAGACUGUGCCUGGGUCCACUGUACAGAGUGGCAGCUGUCUGAGGAAUGGCAACUUGCAAACCCCAAGAGGGAAAAGGAAGGUCCAAGAACAGUGUGCACACGUACGAAGAAAUUCUUCCAAGAGCAGAAGGCCAAGCCAGCCGCAGAAUGGAGAAGUGGUUGAAGCAGUUACAUUGUUUGAAGUGGUCAGCAUGGGCAAGAGGGCAAUGCAGUCUGUGGUAGAUGACUGGGUUGAAGCUUAUAUCCAAGAUCGAGAUGUGGCACUUCUAGAUCUGAUCAACUUCUACAUUCAGUGCUCAGGCUGUCAAGGAAUGGUGACAGCUGAGAUGUUCCAAAGUUUGUGCAACAGUGAUGUAAUGCAAAAAAUGACGGAGACAUUUGAUGAGGAAACAGGAUUGCAAUACAAGAAAUUUAUGGCCUAUCCCUGGAUUCUGACUGUUACUUGGCCAGUGGACAUGGACAAUGGAGACUAUCCACUCAUCAAACCGGGACCCUACUGGAAGAAGUUCAAGGCCAAUUUCUGUGAGUUCACUGCAGUGCUAAUCCAGCAGUGUCAGUACAGCAUCCUCUAUGAUAGUUACCUGAUGGACACAGUCAUCUCACUGCUUACAGGACUAGCAGACUCCAGGGUCAGAGCAUUUAGGCACACCAGCACUUUAGCAGCGUUGAAGCUUCUGACAGCACUUGUAAGAGUAAAUCUAAAUCUUGAUGUCAGCAAAUGUAACGCUCAAAGGCUGUAUCAAGUGGAGAAGAACAGGAUUUCUGUCAAGAGGACCAAUCACAGACUGGACCAAUUAGAGAGAAAAAGGAAAGAGUAUGAACAGAAACCGCUGGAAAUAGAGAAUAUGAUGAAUGCUAUUUUCAAAGGGACAUUCUUACAGAGAUAUCGUGAUGUGAUUCCUGAGAUCCGGGCUAUCUGCAUUGAAGAAAUUGGCAGCUGGAUGAAAAUGUACCCUGAUACAUUCUUAAAUGAUAGUUACUUGAAAUAUAUUGGAUGGAUGCUGUAUGAUAAGCAACCUGAAGUGCGGUUGAAGUGUCUGCUGGGACUGCAAGGAAUUUAUAACAGAAAAGAGCUGGUAUCCAAAAUGGAUCUCUUUACUAGCAGAUUCAAGGAUCGAAUUGUGUCCAUGACUCUGGACAAGGACCAUGAAGUAGCAGUUCAAGCCUUGAAACUCUUGAUGCUUAUAUCACAAAACUGUGAGGAUGCGUUAUCAUCUGAAGACUGUGAAACCUUAUUCCAGUUUGUUUAUACCACGCACAGACCUCUAGCAGUAGCAGCCGGGGAAUUCUUUUAUAAAAGGCUGCUUAAUUAUCAGGGAGCUGAAGAGGAAGUUCCACCUAAAAGAAGAGGGAAGUUUGGGGCUAAUACCUGCUACAUGAGAAAAUUAAUAACUUUUUUCUUGGAGAGUGAGCUCCAUAAACAUGCUACGUACCUUGUAGACAGCCUGUGGGAUUGGGCAGGCAGUUUGCUGAAGGACUGGGAGUGUAUGACCACUCUUUUAUUGGAAGCUGCUGAAGAAGAAGCAUUGAGUGAUGCCCAGGAGAGCGCCCUCAUUGAAAUUAUCUUAGUGACCAUUCGAGAAGCUGCUAAAGGUCACCCUCCUGUGGGCAGAGGAGCAGCUAAGAAGAUCCUGUCAGCGAAAGAGAAGAAAAUACAAUUGGAAGAUUGUAGCAAAAUUACUGAGCACUUUAUUGUGGUGCUUCCUCAGCUCUUGGCAAAGUAUUCAGCAGAUGCUGAAAAAGUGGCGAACCUCCUUCAAAUUCCCCAGUAUUAUGAUUUAGAUGUUUACAGUACUGGACGUCUGGAGAAGCACUUGGAUGCUUUGCUGAGAGUGGUGAAAGACAUUGUAGCUGAACACUCUGACAUGGAUGUCCUCGAGGCUUGCUCCAGGAUGUAUUAUGUCCUCUGCAAUGAAGAACUGGCCAUCCACAGGAGGGCGGAUCUUGCCAGAACUCAGCUGAUAGACGAGCUGGUGGACAAACUUAAUGAGCUGCUGGCUGACUCUUGGCACGAGGGAGAAGGUCUUUGCACAGAUGAAGAAGGAAUUUGCCGAAUAUAUACCACUUUGAGAAGAAUAGCAGCUUUUCAUAAUGCUCACAAUCUCACCAAAUGGAAUCUCUAUGGGAAGACUUCCAAGCUGCUGGUUUUUGAGAUGGAGUAUGGGAGUUUACCUGUUCAGAUGAUCCUACCAGCUCUACAGUGCACAUACUUUGCUCUCUUAUGGCAGCUAGCUUCAGUUGUGGAGAGGUCAUCUUCCAAGGAGACUCUUUUGGCAUUGAACAGAGAGUUGAGAUUUUUCUGCCAGAUUUGUGCAUGCUACCUCAGCCAUAAAGAUAAAGAUUUAAGUGAAAAGGCCUUCAUGAUACUCUGUGAUUUACUGAUGAUUUUGAGUCACCAAUCUUCAGGUGACAAUGAAGCUGUAGGAGUCCUUCAGUAUCUUCCCAGCACAUCCCUUCAGUCAAAAAUGCUCUUGUUUAUCCAGGAUCAUGUUUUCACAGAGGAGAAAGAAGAAAUCAAAGACUUGGCGGAAGAGGAGGAGAGGGAAAAGGGGGGCUACACGUUGAAUGAUCUGCACAAAAGGCGGAGUCUUCUCGCAGUCUAUUGCAAGCUGAUUGUGUUUACCGUGGUGGAGAUGUCUGCGGCUGCUGAGGUCUAUAAGCACUAUAUGAAGACCUACAAUGAUUUUGGAGAUAUAAUUAAAGAAACCCUGAGCAGGACGAGGCAUAACAACAAAAUCCAGAGUGCCAAGACGUUGAUUCUCUGCCUGCAGCAGUUGUUUCAGAAACAUACAGAAACCCAUGGUAGUACCCACAGCAUGGAUUCAUCUUUCACAAACAUUAAAGAACUUGCUCGUCGCUUUUCACUGACAUUUGGCUGGGAUCAGGUGAAAUCCAGAGAAUCGGUAGCGAUGAUACACAAAGAAGGGAUUGAAUUUGCCUUUCAAGGAGCUGCUGGAGUGGAAGGGAAAUGCCUGCCUCCAAAUUUAAGCUUUCUGUUAAUCAUCAGUGAAUUCUCCAAUAAGCUACUAAAGCCUGACAAAAGAUUAGUGUACUGUUACCUGCAGAGGUAUAUAACAGAGCCAGCAUCUUGCAGAGGAGAUGAAUGGCACCCCUUGGUUUGGUACAGGAACUCUUUGCUGGCAAAUGAAGAUGAGGAGAAUUCUGUUAUCAGCAGUUUAAGAGAAUGGUCACCCACAAACAGAUCUAAGACAUCUUCUUUUAAAAGAAAAUUGUCUAAUGGGUCCCUGCCUGAAACCAGCCACACUGAGACAACAAACAAGACUCCAGACUUCCUGUGCACUUCAGAACUCACUGCAGCAGCAGGGAAAAGCAGAAAGAGGUUGAAGUCUCAAGAUACUAGUCUCCAAGAAUGUCUGCCAUUCUUUUGUCCAGUGGGACUGAGCAGAAGAUGUAGCGAAGAUGUGAUCAAGGCAGAAGACUUCUCAGCAAAUGGUGGAGCAGAAGAUGUAGGCGAAGAUGUGGAUGUUGUUGGUGCAGACCAGGUAUGUGAUGGGUUGUAUCAAUCCUGCACACGGCCAAGAGGUGCUGACCAAUCACUGGAGACCCCACCUCCUUGCCUCUGUUACACAGGCUCCAGGUGGAGGGGACAAAUAAAAGGAGGCCGUGCAGGUCAGUUGGGGCUGGCGGAAGAGGAGGAAGGAUGUUUGCUGCAGGCUGCUGCAGAGGAACUGUUGACACACCUGGCUGUUGGACCCGGGACCCUGGACCCGGACUACGCUGCGGACGACUAGCCAGCCACAGAGACUGACAGGGAUGCCGAGCUGCUGCCAGCUGAGGAUGUGCCUGAGGGGGCUUUAUGGUAGGAAGUGACCCAGGUCACUGUGUGUUAGGACUUGAACCCUUAAUAGGGAGUUUACCGGCUUCAUAGGGCCCUGGGUUGGAACCCGGUGAAGUAGUGUGGGCCUGGGUUCCCUUACCCCUGCACUUGCCACUAAGAGUGGCUACUAGGGACUCCUGAUUUGGACUGAUUGUUCACUCUGCCCUGCCCAGAGGGUCAGAACCUCCGACUGUCCUUAAUAGUCGAGUCCUGUUAAGAGGGCCAGACCAUCAUCAGCCGCUGCCCAGGAAGAUGUGGGAAGUCAUCUGGGAAGAGCUCAAGUUGAUGCUGGCCGUUGGAGGUCAUGGCAGAAUCCUGCAAUGAGUGGAGGAGCCCCAUUGUUCUCGUUCCAAAACCUGAUGGAUCCAUGAGGUUCUGCAUAGACUUCCAGAAAGUCAGUGCAAUCUCACAGUUCAACACCUACUCUCUGCCCUGGGUGGAUGAACUGCUCGAGUGACUAGGGAAUGCCAAGUUUAUAUCUAUACUGGAUCUAACAAAGGGGUAUUGGCAAAUUGACCCCGACCUGCCAGGAGAAGACAGCCUUUGCCAUGCCAUUCGGCCUUUUCCCAUUUACAACCAUGUCGUACACGGGGCUGUGUCGACCUUCCAAUAGCUUAUGGAUCAGCUGUUGCAGCCACAUGGUCAAUACGCAGCAGCUUAUAUUGACAACAUAGUGAUAUACAGUGCCAGCUCGGAAGAUAAUCUAAGACCCCUCACCACAGUACUGCAAGCACUUGGGGAAGCCGGGCUAACUGCAAAACCAUCCAAAUGCCACUAGGACAGAAACCUAGAAGGUGGUGAUGUACCUGGGAUAUGCAGUGAGGUGGUUGCACACACUCGUGGAUAAGGUCCAAGCCCUGAGAGACUGCCCGACCCCCUCCACCAAAAGGCAGGUGAGGUAGUUUCUUGAACUACCGAAGAAGGAAAUUAUUUCCCUGUGAAACGAGAUAUUCAACAGUAGAAGAGGCGGCACUGGCAGUGAAAUGGGCCGUUGAAGCCCUUAUCAUCUGCUGGGGAACCCAUUCCAGUGCAUGACAGAUCAUGCGUCCUUUCGAUGGACCCACUCCUUGAAGGACACUAAUGCCAGGAUUAGAGUUAGAGAUGGUACUUCUGUCUCCAGCCCUACAAGUUUGAGGGACUUUACCACCUGAGGAGAGCCCAUGCAAAUGCUGAUUUCUUUUCCCAAGUGGGCAGAGAGGAAGAUGAGGGAGGACAGCCAUCAGGUCCUGACUUGAGGGGGAGGAUGUUUGACAGGGUGUAUCAACCCCGCACUGAGCCAACAGGUGCUGACCAAUCACUGUGGGACCAGGAGACAACUCUUCCUCGCUCCUGUUGUGCAUGGUCCAGGUGGAGUGGACAGGUUUAAGGAGGUAGCCCAGCUCAGUUGGGCUGGAGUAGAAGAAAGGAUGUUUGCUGCAGGCUCCUGCAGAGGAACUGUUGACUUACCUGGCUGUUGGGACCGUGGACCCGGACUAUGCUGCAGAUGAACAGCCAACCACAGAGACUGACAGGGAUGCCGAGCUGCUGCCAGCUGAGGAAAUGCCUGAGGGGGCUUUGUGGUAGGAAGUGACCCAUGGAAUGUGUUAGGAGCCAAGGCUUGAAGCCUUAAUAGGGAGUUUACUGGCUUCAUAGGGCCCUGGUCGGAACCUGGUAGAGUAGGGUGGGCCCAGGUUCCCAUAUCCCCACCCCCUGCAGUUGCCACUAGGCAUUGCUACCAGGGAUUCCUAAUUUAGACUGUUCACUCUGCCCUGCCCAGAGGGUCAGAGUCCCAACUCUUAUUGUUUGCCCUGGCCGGGAGCCCCAGGGCCUACAGACUGAGUGUUUACUUUGCCCAUCCCAGGGACUACAGACUGUUUGUUUUCUCUGCCCUGCCAGAGGUCCUGAGGCACUGGAUUGUGAUUGUUGACUCAAUAGGAAUCCCAACAACUGUGUGAUGGGGUAUAUCAACCCUGCACUGGGCAAACGAGAAUGGCCCUGCUUGACAUACCAAGCCCCCGUGACAAGGUACUUCUACUCUGGAGUUCAACAGAUUAUUUGCUUUUGCAUUUGAGUGGUUUUUUAUCUUCUUCACAGUUUUUGAUGUUUCUUCUCCAGUGAGAAUAGUGGCAGGAAUGCCCCUGAACCUGUGCUAUUGGGAUCACAAGUUCUAUGUAUAGAUAGUGGGUGUGGCGCCCAAAAAUGCUGCAUCUGCCCUCAUAGUUCACACACUAGCCUCAAGCCUUUCACAUUAGAGCAGUGCCUCCCUUCUUCUGUAGAAGAUCAAGUAUGGUGCUCUCCUGAGGGCAGAGUGGUGAAGUGAAAUAUCACUCCAAGUGAGUUCAGACCCUUAGUUCUGAUAGCAGGCUUGUGUCCUAUACAGUGUUUUCUUACUCGUGAUCUAUCUGAAUGUUUUUGUUUACGUGGAGUUGAGGAGGAGCAGAUGGGAGAAAUGAAAGAUUAAAAACAUGUUGCCAUUUUCUGUGCAAGCUGGACAUCGGGUUAGCUGAAAAACUUGUUUUUCAUCUUUGAGUGAUGGUCCCUACAUGUAUUCCAUAUGUGGGGGUGCGUAUGUGUGCGAGGUGUCUGAGCUGGAAGGUUUUCUUAGCAGUGAGGGUAUGACAGGUUGUGUAGGUCGACAGCUCUCCAGCUCCCACUUAUCACUGCAUGGCCUGAGUCGGAACCUGUAUAGAAGGGGGGCGGGGGCUACCAGCGCUGGAACUGUGGCCGUGGCCCCUGUGCCUCCUCUUCCCCCGAGGCCAUCCCCUGGCCAGAUUGGAAGCCGGAGCCAGCUGUGAUGAGGGGCGGACCAUAUUCUCAACCCUUCUCCUCCUUACCCCUCCCCCAAGUUGGUCUAAGCCGCUUGCCCAAGCCCCCCUCCCCACUUAGUGGAACUGGCCCGAGCCACUCACCCAAGCCACACUCCCUCCCCCCACAGAGCCAGUUCCGAGCCCCUCCUCUGCUGCAGAGGGCUGACCCGACGCCCACCGCUCACCCCCUGAGCCCCUUUUAGGAAAAACUGGGCAUUUGUCCCAUUUGCUUUUGCCAACUAAUGAUCACCGCACCUCCAUGGUCACCAGAUAGAGACUCACUAUCUUCUGAGUUGGAGAUUGGGUCAUGCUCCUCUCUUCCAAGGAGUCACUCCCACCACUCCCCCAGACACUCCUACCCUGCCAUGGACCUAGGCACAGGGGUGCUAUUGGGUGCUUGGCCUAAAGGUCACUGGGGACCUAUGCUAGACAUCAUGAGGGAUAUCUUUCAAUGAUGGGUGACUCCGCUUAUAGACCUGUUUGCCACCUGCAACAACAGGAAAUGCCACAGUUCUGCUUCCUGUAAGGUCAUAGCGUGGGGUCCCUUACAGAUGUGUUCCUGUUGCCAUGGUCAAGACAGCUCCUAUCCCUCUGAUUCCCAAAUUUCUGAUGAAGAUCAGUGGAGACCAAGUACAGGUCAUUCUCAUAGCCCUGGCGUGGCCCAGGCCGCAUUGGUUCACCACCUUCUUAGGCAUGUCCGUGGAGGCAUAGCUACGGCUUCCACAGUACCUGGACCUGAUCUCUCGGGACCAUGGUCAGCUGCUAUACCCAAAUCUCAUCUUUCUUCAUCUGAUGGCCUGGAAGCUCCAUGGCUGAAUCAGGAGGAGCAAGCUUACUCGGAGCAGGUCUGCAAGGUCCUACUAGGAAGUAGGAAGCCUUCUGCCAGGGCCACCUACCUUGAAAAAUGGAAACGGUUCUCCAUCUGGUUUCUCAAAGGUUUGGAGAGGGUUUACCUCCAGGUUAGAGAUCCCUUGUCCAUCCCUCCUGGGACCUGAACCGUGUCCUGUCAAAGCUUACAGGACUGCUUUGAACUGCUAGCAACAUGCUCAUUGUUACACCUUUCCUGGAAAGUGGCCUUCCUGUUGGCUAUCACUUCGGCCAGAAGAGUUUCAGAGAUCUGGGCCCUCACAUCGGAGUCCCCAUAGAUGUUCUUUUUUCAAGGACAAAGUCUAGUUGUGACCACACCCAUCAUUCCUUCCAGUAGUCAUCUGACAAUUCCACUGCAGUCAAGCAAUCUUUCUGCCAGUUUUCUACCCUAAGCCACAUGCAAAUAGAGAGGAACAGUGCCUCCACUUAUUGGAUGUUUGGCCGGCCCUGACUUUCUACAUACAAACCAUUCCGCAGAUCUACUGAGCUGUUCAUCGCAAUAGCGGAAAGAAUUAAAGGUUUCCUCAUCUCUGCAUAGAAUCUCAUUGUGGAUUACUUCUUGUUUAACGACGUGUUAUGAAUUUCUGAACAUCUCACCCCCAGCUAAUCUAAUGGCUCAUUCACAAGGUCUCAAGCUUCCCCCACUGCUUUCCUAUGACAAGUCCUGAUUCAUGACAUCUGCAAGGCAGCAAUCUAGUAGUCAGUUCACACAUUCACAAUGUACUGUGCCAUCAUACAGCAGACUAAAGACAAUGCCAGCUUUGGCCAUGUAGUCUUGCAGUCAGCCUGUCCUUGAACUCAGAACCCACCUCCCAUACAACUGCUUGUGUACAUUGGAAUGGACAUGUGUGUGCACUCGAAGAAAAAAUGGUUACUAGCCUUUCUGUAACUGUUGUUCUUCGAGAUAGUUGAACAUAUUCAUUCCAAAACAAACGCUCCGUCCCUCUUUUUGGAGGUGGUCGGCAAAGAAGAAACUGAAGGGGGGAGGGUUUGGCAGGGCUCUUUAUACUAGCACUAUGAGUGUGUGGCACCAUAGUGCACUGGAGCUGACCCAACAAUACCACUUGCGGUAAAAAUUCCAGCAGUUAUGUUCAGGUUGUGCACACACCUACAUUGGAAUGGACAUGUGCAACACAUCUUGAAGAACAACAGUUACAGAAAAAUUAGUAAUAGUUUUUUUCCCCACUUGAAGCCACAUGCAAAUAGGGAAGAACAGUGUCUUCACUUAUUGGACAUUAGACAAGCCCUAGCGUCUACAUAGAAAGUACUAGACCAUUCUGUAAAUCCACCAACUGUUCAUAGCAGUAGCUGACAGGAUGAAGGGUCUCCCUAUCUCUGCUCAGAGAUUUUGACCUGGAUCACAUCAUGCAUUCGCACAUGUUAUGAUCAGGUGGGUUUCCACCACCAGUGAACCUGAGUGCUCAUUCCAAGAGGUCGCAAACAUCAUCAGUGGCAUUCCUAGCACAGAUCCCUAUUCAGGACAUUUGCAAAGCAGCAACUUGCUCUUUAGUGCACACGUUCUCUUCUGACUACGCCAUCACUCAAGACAGUCCAGGGCCGAUGCCAAAUUUGGUCAAGCUGUUUUGCAGUCAACGAGUUCAUGAAUUCCAGUCCCACCACCUAUGUAACUUCUUGGGGGUCACCUACAGUUGAAUGCACAUGUGCAAUCACUCUAAGAAGAAAGUUACUAACCAUCCGUAACUGUUGUUCUUUGAGAUGUGUUGCACAUCUCCAUUCCAUGACCUGCCCUCCUACUCCUUACAUCAGAGUUGGCUGGAAAAAAGGAAAUAAGGGUAGUGGGGUCAGCUGGGUGCUUUAUACUGGUGCUAUGAGUGCAUGGCAUGAGAGAGCGUUUGAGCUGCCCCCAUGGGUGCCGUAAGGGAAAAAUUUCCAGCAACUGUGCUCAGGGCCUGCAUACAUCUACAGUGGAAUAGACAUGUGCAACACAUCUUGAAGGAUAACAGUUACAGAAGGUUAGUGACCAUUUUUUUUAAACUGUCAAGACCUAUAAACCUCCUCCAAUGCCUCCCAUGUUGUCUUUGGGGGCCAUCUUGCCCUAUUUGCCCACAAUUUGGGCAAGAUCACCAUGGACUGUUCGAUACCGAAGAUCAUCCCAAUGGAUAUGCCAUAGAAUUUCUCUCUCUUUCCCACAUCAGCCCUCCUUCUGGGCAACCCCAGGGGACCCUUCCCAGCAAUGCAUUCUCCAGCAAGAAGCAGACGUCCUUCUCAUGAAGGGAGCCAUAGAGCAAAUACCACCUCCCUACCUGGGAAGAGGCUUCUGUUCUCCAUACUUCCUCAUCCCAAAGGGCAGACACACUGCCCCAUUCUCGACCUUCGACUACUGAACAUCUUUAUCAGGAAAUCCAAAUUCUGCUUGGUGAUGCUGGCAUCGAUUAUCCCCUCUUCUUUUCCUCAGGGGGCCUUGUUCAUGGCUCUCGACAUGAAGGAUGCCUACUUCCAUAUCGACACUCACCUGGUCCACUGGAAAUUUCUCUGUUUCCGUGUAGGACACCACCACUACGAAUUCCGGGUCGUUCCCUUCUGCAUAGCGGCGGCUUGCCGGGUCUUCGCAAAGGUCCUCACUGUUGUCAUGGCACAGAUACGCUGCCUCUGCUACUUGUGUACCCGUCAGGGUGACUGGCUCUUUGUUGUGCUAUUGCAACAAGAACUCAUCACUGCCACCCUAGCCUUUGGCGCACUCCUGAUGUUUUUAGGUGUUUGCAUCAACAAGGAGAAGUCAAUGCUCAUAUCUAUGCAGAUGAUUAACUUUAUUCAGGCGCAGCUUGACUCCAUCAUGGCAUGGGCGUUCCUUCUGGCAGACCACUUUGCAAGGCUGACAGCUAUAAUUACAGACCUACGCCACAAUCCAUGUAUCAUGGUUCGCUGUUGUCUCUCCCUCCUUGGACAUAUGGCAGCCUGUACCUCCGUGACACCAUGUGCACAUCUGCACUUGCAUUGCUUCCAAAUGUAGCUCCUCUUUAUCUACAGUCCCAGCAGGGACUGCUUGGAGGCCAGACUCAUUGUCCCCCAGUGCUGGCCUCCCUCGCCUGGUAGACCAACCCUUCCAAGAUCAUGGUCAGUACCCCCUUCACCCCUCCUACCCCAGAUGCCACCAUCACCACAGAUGCCUCCCUUGCGAGUUGGGGGCACACCUGGACCAUCACACAGCCCAGCAUGUCUGGAUGCCUCAAGAGGUCAGGAUGCAUAUAAACAUGCUAGAACUGAGGGCAGUCCAUUUGGUGUGUCAGGCAUUUCUUCCUCUCCUCCGCUCCUGCCACAUUCAAUUCCUCUCUGACAACAUUGCAGCAGUUGUGUACAUCAAAAAGCAAGGCUGCACCAAGUCUCCCUCCCUCUGCUCCGAGUCCAUCCACCUGUGGAUCUGGUGCAUCAGAUCAGUGGAUUGGGGGCACACCUGGAACCUGUGGAACUGGUGCAUCAAACACCACGUAACAUUUCAACACUACCUCCCAUUCAUUCAAAAUUCCCUGGCUGACAUGCUCAGCAGGACUCUCUACAUCAAUGACGACUGGGAGCUACCUGAUGGCACAUUCUAACAUUUCUUGCACCAAUGGGAUCUCUUCACAACUCACAAGAAUGGCAAACAGCCCCUUUAUUAUUCCAGGGAAGGCUUAGGGAAAGACUUGCAGGGUGACGCUCUUUUCCUCCCCCAGUCAGAUGACUGCUGCUACGCCUUUCCUCCCUCCCGCAAGUACUACACAAAGUCUAGCAGGACUGAGCUACCAUAAUACCCAUAUCCCCGUUCUGGCCCCAUCAGUUUUCGUUUAUGGACCUCUCCACCCACAGACCACUCUGCCUUUGUACGCUCCCCAAUCUAUUCACACAAAAUCAGGGGACAAUCUGCUAUCCCAGUCUGGGUCCUUUUCAUCUCACAGUCUGGUAUUUGGAUGGGGGUGCUCCACCCCGGUGUGGCAAAUACUUAGAGCAGGAGAGUAUCCACCAGGGUAUGCUACCGAGCUAAAUGGAAACACUUCACCUCAUGGGCCACCUACCUCACCACCCACUAAGUGCAAUAGCCAUACCUCUUAUCCUUGACUACCAUCUCAAUCUCAAAACAUCCGGCCUUGCCCUCAGCACUAUACAGGUCCACCUGGCAGUGCUCAGUGCCUUUCUUCUCCCAGUAGAUGGUGCCUCUGUGUUUACACACUCAACCACUGUUGGUUGCAUGAAGGGUCUCCUCAAUACUUUCCAGCCAGUAUUCAAGCCCACACUCCCGUGAGACCUUAAUCUUGUUCUCUCCGCCCUCACAAAGCCUCCCUUUGAACUGCUGGCCACGUGCUCCAUCUCUCCAUGAAGGUGAUGUUCUUAGUUGCCAUCAUCUCAGCUCGACAGGUCAGUGCACUGGUGGCCAUGAUGGUUGACCCACCCUUACACAGUGUUCCACAAGGAUAUAAAGUUUCCUUUUGCCUACAUCCUCAAUUUCUCCAAAGGUAGUGAUGGAGUUCCACCUCAAUCAGUCCAUCCACCUGUUUUCUGUUCCAAACCACACAUCUCCAAUGCAGACAGAGGCCUGCAUUCUCUCAAUGUCUGCUGUGCACUAGCAUUCUAUCUGUGCAGGACUCACUCCUUCCGCACAUUGCUGAAACUAUUUGUGACCAUUGCCGAUCACUCCAAGGGCCAAGGCUUCUCUUCACAACAAAUCUCCAGAUGGGUCUCCAGGUGCAUCCGCAAAUAUUACACACAAUCCAAUGUGUAGCCACCAGACAGAGUCACUCUCUACAAGCAGCCACAUCGGCCCGCCUCGUGGAUGUCUCCUGGCAAGCCAUCUGUUGCGCAGCAACAUGGCACUACAGCCACACAGUCGCGUCCCGCUACGCCAUCGCCCAAGCAGCGGCUGCGGACAAAGCAGUCAUGCUGCCAUGCUGCAGACGGCACUUCCUACCUCAUUCUCGCACUCCGCUCCAUGCUGAUCACUGCUUGCUACUCACCCACUUUUGGAAUACAUAUAGGGCCCAUCACUCAAAGAAGAAGUGGUUACUUAUUGUAACUGAAGGUUCUUUGAGAAAUGUGGUCCCUGUUUGUAUUCCAGUACCUGCUCUCCAUAGCUUCUACUGCAGACUGGACUACUCAGUGGUAAGAGGGACACAGAGAGGUGUUGACCCACAUUACCUAUUAUACCCUUGGCUCUGAGCACCACGGGAUGCACAACGCAUGUGUGGUUCAAAAAACACUGUUAAGGAAACUUUCUAGCUCAGGCAUGCGGCACACGUGCGCACCCCCCACAUUUGGAAUACAAAUAGAGACCACACAUCUUGAAGUACCUCCUCUUCCUGGUACUGGCCUCCAAGUCAACUGGACAAAGAUCUUUGGAUACUUAAUAGCUAAAUAGACACCCCAGCCAAAUCUCCAGCUUUAGCCGUGCAACUGGAAGCAGUUAUUACCACUAUGGUAAAUCGCUCCAGUGUUACUUCUGACCUGGCUGCUAUGAGGCUUCUGGUAAUACAGGAGUUAGGAACUCUGACUGAACUUCGCUGAUUUCCUGUUUCUCCUUAUUAGCUUGGGAAUUUUUAUAAGACAUCCGGCUUGUUUAAAUAUAGUCACUAAAUGCAGAGCCUGUAAGAAUCAUUUUCAUCAAAAUUUUGUGUGGGGCAACAUUCUGCUGGGCACUAACUCAGAGUUGUGAGGCAACCAGUUCAGUUCCAAAACUCUCUAUCUGCAAGUGGCAGAACGCACAAUUACUAUAGAGGGAAGAGAACAUGCCUACUCCUAGGGAUUGUAUCCUGCCUUCCUGUUCCAGAAGAGCAAGAUAACUAGUCAUGGGGGCUGGAGGGGCGUGCAUGAGACGGGGAGAGAGAGAGAGGGAAGAGAUGACAGGAGAACAUUUAUAUGUGCAAUGGAAUUUGCUUUUGUACUAGAAAAACAACAGCUGAAGAAUAUAGUGUAAUUGUAGAUUAUAGACUUUUAAAGAGUAAUGUUUUUUCCAUUGAGUACUGAAAAUUGUUUUGGUCACUGAUGCUAUCAGAUUUUUCAUCUGUUCAUUCGAAAGGUGAACUGAUCCCUAAAAGACAGCUUGGGAGAUGCAGUUGCUCCUGAACCUUCAUCAUCUUUCCCGUGCUUUCUAAAUUGCGCUGUGUUUUUCUGACCAGCUUUGGUAAUUUCAGAUUAUUUUCUUUCCCGUGUUCGAUUGCGAAUUGUAAAAAUAAACAGUGUCAAAACCAAAA